GUCCUCCCCCACCCCCAAAAGGCAUCAUUCCAUCUCCGCUCCAAUAGUUAAUCAAUCCAACUUAACUUCGAGCGUCACUUCUUCUCUCUGCCACAUACUUAUGAUGAGUUGAUACUAUGGCUGGAAACACACAAUCACUUCAAACGGGUCUGCACUCACCGCAGACCCAAUCACUGAUCGUCAGUAAGAGAAGAUGCAGGAGGGAAGGCGGGAAAUGGACACGCUCUGGCUGUCUAACAUGUAAACGUCGCCGAAAGAGAUGCGACGAAGCCAAGCCUGGGUGCCGUAGUUGUGCUAGAUUGGGGCUACAAUGUGAAGGAUAUGGUUCCAUAUGGGCGGAACCAUUGAAUCCGUCUACACAUUUCUUCAGUCAAGCGAAACCAGCAAAGCGAAGGAGACUUAGCACAUCGUCUUCCGUCUCUACAUCGCCCUCAAGCUCCUCGUGGCAACACUACAUACCAACCACUACCACGCCGUCAGAUUCUGGUGCCAGCGAUGCGUACUUGUUAAGUGCCGAUGACACUCCGGACAAGAUUGACCCGAUGCUAGAGUAUUCAUCCGUUGAGACUAGUAGUCUCGUCAUACUAGCACCCACGCCCUGUAGAAUUCUCAGUCAUUUGUCCCAAUCAGAAACGCACUAUCUCCAAUAUCAUAUGGAACUUGGCUCGAAGUUGCUCGCAAACCUGGAGAGCGCUGACAACCCUCUGCGAUGUUUAAUCAUCCCUCGGGCUCUGUCAUCUUCACUCCUCAUGAAAGCUUUGUGCGCAGUAUCAGCGGCACAUUAUGCGAAUCGGACAGCUGCCCAUUCGGAAGCUCAAACUGCUGCCACGGCGUAUUACAUCAACACCCUGAGUGGGCUGCAAUCCGUCUUCUCGAAACAUCCCGGUGGGAAAUUCCCAGAUGAAGCCAUUCUCGCAGUAGCUUUAUUAUGCAAAUACGAGAUUGUUCGUGGAAGCGUAAAGCAAUGGGUAGCGCAUUUGAACGCCCUACAGAGGCUAGUCAUUGUACGGGGUGGGUUCAGCGCUCUGAGUCAGGACACCCGGGAGUUCUUGGCGGGCUUCUAUAUCUAUGCUCACAAUGUGGCCAAAAUCUGUAAUCGCAAGCAGAUCACCUCGAGCAUGCUUGACAUGGAAGAUAUCAGGAUCACCAAGCUCGAUAUAUACAUUGGCUACGCAGAAGACCUUGUUAAAAUCUGUGCCAGGAUCGCAGAUCUGCCUUCUAUAAGCUAUGACCCUAUAGCCCUGGAUCUCGAGAUCCAUACAAUUGACUUAUUACUACGCGACUGGACUCAUCAGGACGUAGCAUAUAUCAUUCCCGAAGGCAUAACGGAAAUGAAUCUCAAUCGUCUCCGCAUGGUCGCAAAUUGUUUCCGUGAUGCAGCAUACAUCUAUCUCCAUUCUAUGCUCGAGAAGAUGAGUAAAGGCAUGAAGGCCACCUUCGCUACGGCAGCGUGGUCCGCGGUUAUUUCCAUGUCGAGGUCCGACGCUUUGCAGAAACUGCUAGACAGGAUCCGAACGGCGUCACCCCUUGAUGCGCACUGCGAAUACUCGGCUCUCACAUUUCCACUGCUCAUAGCAGGCUGUGAGAUCAGGACACGCGAGGACAAAGAGCUAGUCAUGACGUGCUUGACCAACCUCGAAGUCAACUUCGGAAUUGGCAAUGUGAAACGAGCAAAGGAGCUGCUACGAGCUCUAUGGAUGACUGAAGGUGUGCAUUGGUUGGAUUUGUUGGAGCAAUUACAGUGGGACCUCAUGCUUGCCUGA